GUCGAGGUGUGGCGUGUAAAUCUAUCCUCUUGAGUUUAACUUUGAUAACAGUAGUUUAGUCGCAAAAUAGUUCCGGUCACGAAAUGAAGGCUUCCGUUUUAGGUCUUCUGCUUCUUUUCUCAAUCGCAUCUGCAAUACAAACAACGUUCUCGGCGUUUGGAAAAGCACCGAGCGUCGAUUCACAUUUUCAACACAGUGACUUGCUUCAAAAAGCCGCCAAACAUGGAUUAGAAAAAGUUCAACAUUUGAUGGAAUUCGAAAAGCGUCUCUUGUCCGAUGGAUUAACCGCAAACGAAAUUAAAUGCCCAGCUCGCAGGGGCGUCCAUAGAAAACGCGAGGUUAACAAUCAAUCACGACUGCAGUCGAUAAAAGCGCUCGGAAUAGUUGAAGCUUCGAAAAAACUAAAAAAACGAUUAAAUUUGAGCAAUGACGAGGCGGGUAAAGUGUUAUCACAGUUAUCACUAAGAAAUACGGUUCUCGAGGACACUUGCAUCCAACCUGUUACCUGUGUCAAUCCAACAUCCAAGUACAGAUCGUUUGAUGGUUCGUGCAAUAAUUUUGGCCAUCCUACUUGGGGCCAGCAAAAUACCAUUUUCAAACGUUUGUUGCCAGCCCAUUAUGGAAACGGAAUCGAUUCAAAUCGAAUGGCGAGGGAUGGAGGAGAACUGCUAAAUCCCCGAAGUAUUAGCCUGGAAAUUAUUGGAGAUGACGGCCCUAACUCGACAGACGUGACCCUGUUAGUGAUGUCCUUCGGCCAGUUUGUUACGCACGAUAUCACAAUGUCACAGGAUUUCACUUUUGACAAUGGAGCCAGCCCUGCAUGUUGUGAUAACCGAGGGCAGUUACUUCCACAGAGUAAAAUGCAUUCACAGUGCUUACCUAUUGAGAUGUUUCCAGGUGAUCCUAAUUUCAAUGCUAGUGGCAACACUUGCAUGGGCUUCACUCGUUCGAAAAUGGGUUUGGGCUACGGUUGCAACUUCGGCCCAGCCGAACAAUUGAACAGCAACACCCACUAUCUUGAUGGAUCUCUGAUUUAUGGCAGUGACAUCAUAACAUCAAACGGUCUGCGUACGAUGGCCGAUGGACUACUAAGGACCUCUAACGUUAAUGGACGGCAAUUAUUUCCAAUUGCACCCGGAUGUGAAAAUCUGCUCAAUCACGAGCAGUCAGUUUGUUUCCAAGCAGGUGACGGUCGAGUCGAAGAGAACCCACAGCUCACUGCAAUCCAUUUGAUAUUCCUACGGGAACAUAACCGGAUCGCUAAAGAGCUUCAAGGACUCAAUCCGCAAUGGGACGAUGAAACUUUGUUCCAACAGUCUCGUCGGAUUGUCAUCGCCCAGUUGCAACACGUGACUUACAAUGAAUAUCUUCCCAGUUUACUCGGUUCUCAAGCCAUGGUGGAUUAUGGAUUACUGCCAUCCGCUGGUUACGGCACUGGAUAUGAUACAAAUGUUGAUCCUUCGAUAUCAAACGAAUUUGCGGCGGCUGCAUUCCGCGUGGCUCACUCGUCAAUUCAAGGAACUGUCAAUCUGUUUAACGCAGCUGAUCAGGAGGAAACGGAAAGAAGUUACACUUUGAGUCAAUAUUUUUUCGACGCCUCUCGAUUAAUGGACGAUCCCAAUUUCUUGGACUCGGCUCUCCGUGGUUUUACCAAACAAUCACCCGAGACAAUCGACAGGCUCUACACUGACGAGAUUGCUGACAAAUUAUACAUUGGCAAGGAAAAAUCGGGAGGAGAUUUGGUGGCCAUCACUAUUCAACGGAGCAGAGAGCACGGUAUCCCGAGUUACAACCAAUUUCGUGAAUAUUGCGGAAUGAAGAAAGUGCAGUCGUUCGACGAACUAAUCACCGAAUUUCUUCAAAAGGAUAUCGAUAUUCUUAAGAAAGCGUACAGAUCCGUGGACGAUAUUGACCUCUACAUUGGCUGUUUGUUUGAAAAGCAUUUGGGGUCCGAGUCCGGUGCUUUAAUGGGACCGACAGCUAUUUGCAUCACAGCUAAUCAGUUCCAGAGAACCAAAAACGGCGAUCGCUUCUUCUACGAUAUCGCAAAUCAACCCAACUCGUUCACUCCAGACCAACUCGAUCAGAUCCACCGGUCGAGUUGGGCUCGACUUAUUUGUAACAAUAACGACGGAACUGUGACCACCAUGCAGCCCCUCGCCAUGAGAGUUCCAACGGGAACGAAUGAGAGGAUUCCCUGCAGCGCAAUACCGUCGAUGGACUUGACUCCCUGGAAAGUCCCCAAAUUUUUCCCUGAUGUUUUUCACACACCUGCUGACACUUUCCUGUUUGUCUAAAAAUCGUCGACCAGAUUCAUUCGAAGCUCAAUGAAUAAGCUUCACUGCUAGUUUUCGUGGAUCUAGAAAGACAAUUAUGAAGCUUAAGAACAAUUAGAUUACGUCAUUAGUGGUGACUUGUUUGGUUGUCCUUAUGUUACUAAUAUUAACGUCAACUUCAUCUAUCAAGUCUAAUAAUGUAUUGCAAUACACAAGCUAUACGUACAUAACUUCAAA